AUGACUACCACCAAAACGAACCUAUCGGCCCCUGGCCGCAGCUUCGCCGAGAUGUUUGGCGGGCCGUCGCCCCCUGAGAACAUCGACUUUGCAAAGCCCUUACCCGCUGAAACCCCUCUGCUGCCAGUCCCCGAGCCCACUGACGACCUGGAGACGACCGCCCGCAAGAUUGCCGCCCUCGCGCGCAUUGUUGAGCAGGGCAAGAGUAUCGCAGUACACACCGGUUUCCAUUAUGGCACCCACGAUAGGCGCGAUCCCGAGAUCGUGGCACGCGACUCCAUGACGCCCCUGCAAGCCCGCCAAUACGAUGCGUGGAAGGCUGGCGCAACUAUGCCUGACAUAGACUGGUCCCGCUGCCACAGUGUCAAGCCGGUCCCCUUCGACAUCAGUAAAGAGGACUAUCAGGACAUCCACUGGCAUGCCUACGCCCUCAAAGCGAUCUUCCGUUGCAACUACCUCGGUACCAAACACGCCUUGUGGUUUACUAGCAACAUGGCCUUCGCUAUGCCGCUUAUCCACGCGAUGUGCAAGGUCGCCGCCGCUCGUCACUCGCUCACUGGAUGCGAAAGCCCCCUCGCGGAGGAUCCUCGUCACUGGUUCACUGGAGGCCAAGAGACCCUCACGGACGAUGAGGUUUCUGAGAUCCGGGCAGCCCAUCGCGUCGUCGCUGUCAAAGGAAAACAUGAAACAGUUUUACGAGCGCUUCGAUAUCCUCUCCAAGGAUAUCAAACGCUCUACGGAUAUUAUCCAAGACCGUGA